GUACGAGGUUGCUGUCCAGCAUUGAAUUCUCUUGCCAACCACGAUAUAUGCCCUCGGUCCGGAAAGGGAUACACUAUCCCUAUACUGUUAGAAUGUAUGGGACCUGGCCUGGGAAUUGGCCCCGACUUUAUCAACUUGGCUGGCGGUCUCGGAUUGGCCACAAACCCCGCGAAUUUCAACGUCACGUUGACAAACUCAUCGAGCUUUGAUCUCGACCAUCUCAAUUUCCACAACAACAUGGAGCACGACGCUUCUCUUUCCCGCGCAGACUUCAACAUCGCACAAGAUGACCACACCUUCGACAGUGGCGUAUGGAAUCAAGUCCUUGAAGUGUUCGGAAACAAUGAUCCCAACAUCACCAUUGCAGCAGCAGCAAGGACCGUCAGAUUCGUCACCUCACAAGCAACUACGCCAGACUUCGCACUUCCCUCAAAUCUAGCCACCAAUGCUAUCUUAGAGUCAUGUCUCUACUUGCAAAUCAUGGGAAGCAGCAGAACAGCAAACGCCGCACCGCUCGGCUUUGUCAAAUCACUUUUCGAGUUAGAGAAGCUGCCGAUUCUAGACGGAUGGAUCCCGGCUCAAGAAGUCGUAGAUUUGGAUUCAUUGACGCCCUGUGUAAAUACCAUCCAGGCAGCUACCGUAGGC